UGUAAUACUUUUUUCCCCUGGCCAUCGGCAAUUCUUCGAGGACACCUAGCCAUUCUUACGUACGAUAUCCGCUUCUUUCCAUCCACCGCAAGGAACGAAACUUCUCAUUCGACCUCCUUCGAUCCCAGAAGAAGUUAAUCAACAGAAACGAAGGGAAAAAGACCUCCUUGAUCCUCUGCAAAAAUUCCGCCUAGGGUUUCUGCCUUGAAGCGAGACAACAACCCCAUACCCGUCUUAAAGAAUCAAGAAAUGAGAGGCAAAAGAGACAAAUCAGGAGGCCUUGGCCGAGCCCUUGUUCGGAUGCACAACCAGAUGGUGAAACAAUCGAAGGAAAAGAGCCACUCUCUUCAUCUUCAUCAGCGGAAGGUUCUCGAGUCCGUCACCGAAAUCAGCGAUAUCGAUGCCGUCGUUGAGCAGGCUGAGGAGGCCGCACUUCUUUACUCUGCAGACAAUCCCGCACCAACUCUCUGCAUCGAUUUAGAUGGGAGCAGAGUGACAACCGAGGAGAGGAGGCGGCUUAGAAAGAGGCAGAAAGAGGAAGAGGCAUUGUAUGCUAGUAGUCUCCGAGUGCCCCGAAGGCCACCUUGGAAUUCUAGGAUGUCUGCGGAAGAACUUGAUGUUAAAGAAAGGCAGGCUUUUUUAGUUUGGAGAAGAAGUUUGGCAAGGCUCGAGGAGAAUGAGAAGCUCGUGAUUACUCCAUUCGAGAAGAACAUAGAUAUAUGGCGACAACUCUGGCGAGUGCUCGAACGAAGUGACCUUCUGGUAAUGGUUGUGGAUGCUCGAGAUCCACUGUUCUAUCGCUGUCCUGACCUUGAGGCAUAUGCACAGGAAAUAGAUAAACACAAAAGAACCUUGCUUUUGGUGAACAAGGCGGAUCUUUUACCAUCUUCUGAGAGGAAGAAAUGGGCCAAGUAUUUCACAUCUAAGGGCAUUCUCUUCCUAUUCUGGUCUGCAAAAUCUGCUUCUGCCACUGUCGAGGGAAAAAAGCGGGAUGAAGAUCAACCAGGAAAAGAAUCCAGUCUUUCCGAUCUAGACACUAAGAUAUAUGGCAGAGAUGAGCUCCUCGGCAGACUCCAAGCCGAAGCCAAGGCUAUCGCCACUUCUCAAAAAGAUUCAACCGAAAGCGGAACAAAUGGCGGAUCCAGCUUCUUAGAUGCUGCUUCUAAACAUGUUGUGGUGGGCUUUGUUGGCUACCCAAAUGUCGGUAAGAGCUCCACAAUCAAUGCUUUGGUAGGUUUAAAGCGUACCGGAGUUACAUCCACUCCUGGCAAAACGAAGCACUUCCAGACUCUGAUAAUUUCAGACGAGCUCAUUCUGUGCGACUGUCCCGGUUUAGUUUUCCCUUCCUUCACGAGCUCCAGAUAUGAGAUGAUUGCUUCAGGUGUGUUGCCGGUUGAUCGGAUGACGGAGCACAGAGAAGCCGUGCAGGUUGUUGCUGACAAUGUCUCGCGGGAUUUACUCGAGAAAAUCUACAAUAUCAAAUUGCCGAUUCCGAAGCCUUACGAACCGCAGUCCAGGCCGCCGACGGCGGCUGAGUUGUUAAGAUCCUACUGCUUGUCCCGAGGUCAUGUCAGCUCGAGCGGGCUGCCGGAUGAGGCCAGAGCUGCUCGACAGAUAUUGAAAGAUUUCAUUGAUGGGAAAAUUCUUCACUUCAAGCUUCCGCCGGAUGCUGCAGGUGAUGAGGGUGGCGAGGGCGAGGAAGAGGAAGAGAGCGAUGAUGCAGAAUCAGAUGAAAGCGAGUCCAACGAAGAAGUGUCGCCUUCGUUGGUCGGUUCUGCCGGUUUUCAAGAGCGAAAACUGGAACACAUUUUCGGUGAUCUCGAGUCAUUUGAAUUGAGUGGUGGAGCGGUUUCGAACAAAGCAGGUGCAGUAGGAAGGAGGAAGAAGGCUCAGUCUUCAAAAGAUAAGAACCAUAAGAAACCACAGAGGAGGAAGGACAGGUCAUGGAGGGUGGGGAAUGAUGGUGGAGAUGGGAUGCCUGUUGUUAGAGUGUUUGAGAAGCCUGCUGUGAAUUGGGCAGCCAUAAGAGCAUCUACCUAAAGAUGUUACAAAUUACGUGUGAGAUAGAUUUAGUUAUUUUAUGGUCUGGAUAGAUUUAUUUUGUUGUAUAAAUAACAGCUUUUCUUAAUGGAUAAUUGUUUGUAUGUUUUUUGAA